UCCUUGCAAAUUUUUUCAAUUCCAUCUUCUCUCACAGAGAGUAUCCUCUCUCUCUCUCUCUCUCGCUCUCUGUUUUUCUAGUCCAAGAUAACAAAACAAGGAUAGAAAAAGCAAAGAAGAAAAGAAAGGCGGCCUUCAAAUAAAAUCACCUUUGAGAGAUUGGCGAAGAGAAAAGGAAAAAAAAGAGAAGAGAGAUGUGUACGGCCUUACCUACUGCUAUGAGGCUUUUGUUAACCACUUCUACUGUUACAGGUUUUCCCUCCAAAUCCCUGAGAACAACAACAAUCCCUAAUUUGAACCAAUCAUGUCUUGCAAGAAGAAACAGCCUCUCUUUCUCUAAACCAACGUGGCUUUGUGGACAUAAGAGGAAUGAUCAGGAAAUGGAUAGUUGGAAAGCUGAUGAGGAGAACAUCGAGUGCAUGUUUGGUUCAAAUGAAGAUACUGGCAGCCAAAUUCCAACACAAGCCCAAACUAUUGUGGAAGGAUCAGGGACAGUUGUGUUGUCAGAAUUUAAACCUGUUCCUGAUGUAGACUAUCUACAGGAGUUAUUGGCCAUCCAACAACAAGGACCAAGAUCUAUUGGGUUUUUUGGAACCCGGAACAUGGGCUUCAUGCAUCAAGAACUUAUUGAGAUUCUCAGUUAUGCUUUGGUUAUAACAAAAAACCAUAUUUAUACAUCAGGUGCAUCUGGGACUAAUGCAGCUGUUAUAAGGGGUGCUUUAAGAGCAGAAAAACCUGAACUACUUACAGUAAUCUUGCCUCAAAGUUUGAAAAAACAACCACCUGAGAGCCAGGAGCUAUUGGCAAAAGUGCAGAAUGUGAUAGAGAAGCCUCACAAUGACCAUCUACCACUGAUUGAAGCCAGCAGGCUGUGUAAUAUGGACAUUAUUUCCCAUGUACAACAAGUUAUUUGCUUUGCCUUCCAUGAUAGCAGGUUGCUCAUGGAAACUUGUCAAGAGGCCAAAAAUCUCCGGAAAAUUGUUACUCUCUUUUAUCUGGACUGAAGCAAUUUGUUCAUUCUAUACAUUGUUUUGUAAAAGAGAGGUGGACGUCGCUUAUUCUUUUUUGUUUUUUCUUCUUGUAAAUGAGGCAAUGAAUUGGGAGAAAUCAGUUGACUUUAUGCUUAUUGUAACAGUGAUGGAGCCAAUUUGCUCCACAUAGUUGGAUAGAUACCGUAAAAGUUCUUAUUCACCUGAUUUUAGUAGAGGAUAUGGGACAAGAACUAUGCCUUCCCAUUGAAUAUGCCUCCAUGCAUCAUGUUGUUUCUGUUUUGCCAACGGCAAGCAUUUCAAUCAAUAUUUUGUGAUUGAUCUUA